AUGGAUUUAAUCGACCAAGCCAUCGAAAAGAGCCUUGGCCAAGAUGGACUGCCGCUUCCACGUAUCACCCUCGGUGCUGUGAACCGGGACGGAACCCUCCACUACGCCAAGUGUUUUGGUGGUCUCCCGGGUAAGAGCACCGAUGACGUGCAUUGGAUUGCCUCGGCGACAAAGUUCAUCACUAGCAUUGCCGUCAUGCAAUGCGUCGAGAAGGGUUUGCUGAACCUGGACGCUGACAUCUCAACCAUUCUACCCGAAUGGAAAGACCCCGUCAUCUUGACAGGAUUCAACGAGAAAAACGAGCCGCAGUUCCGCCAGUCAAAGCGGCCAAUCACACUUCGGUACAAUGAAGUGAAUGGUAACCCGCCCAUGGUGGUACAGACUGUUAGGGAGUCCUUUCCUACAUUCCUAGUGUUUGAACCUGGAGAGCAAUGGCUUUACAGUCCCGGACUUGAGUGGGCGGGGCUGAUGGUCGAAAUUGUGGCAGGCGUUAAGCUUGGUGAAUACAUGAGGAAGAACAUAUUCGAGCCCGUCUCAGCCCACGAUGUGACUUUCCAUCUUGAGGAGCGAGAGGACCUUCGCGCCCGAAAAGUAAAGCUGUGGGAGCGAGAUGACGACCAGCUCAAGGAAGUUACUGACUUCUGGUGGCCCGAUCCCGUGAUCGAUGACAUGGGGGGCGGAGGGAUCUACACCAACGUUUAUGAUCUCCUCAAGAUUUACCUCGGAGUCCUGCAAGGCAAGCUCCUCCAGCCCGAGACCCUGGAGGUCAUGUUCAAGCCACACCUGGAAAGCCGAAAAAACUUGGAUGCUCCGGAAAAGUAUGAUCUCAAUACCCGCAACGCGAUUUACAACGCGGUUCCCAACCAUGUUCCCAGCGACUACGGGCUUGGAGGGUUGAUCAAUACCGUCGAGGUGCCUGGUCGACGUAGUCAGUAUUCGCUGACCUGGUCCGGAAUGCCGAAUUGCUACUGGUGGGUGGAUAUCAAGAAAGGUGUUGCGGGAGUUUUCUUGUCCCAGCUUGUUCCUUCAGGUGACCAGAAGGCUAUUGAGCUCUUAACCGAAUUUGAAAAGGCUGUGUAUACAAUUUUGGAGUGA